GAAAAUCGCGUGGUCUAGUGCUCGAAGAACAAUACCGCAACGAUGGAUCGAUGGAUUGGAAAGGUAGCGAUCGUGACUGGCGCCAGUGCUGGUAUUGGUGCGUCAACUGUGAAAGUCCUCGUGGGCUAUGGUGUAAAAGUGGUCGGUUUAGCUAGAGACAUGGAAAAGCUCGAGAAGAUGUCCGCAGAACUGGGCAAGGAUAAGUUCUACCCCAUAAAAUGCGACCUGAGGAAAGAGGAGGACAUCACGAAUGCCUUCAAGUGGGUUGAAACCAAGCUGGGUGGCGCUGACGUGCUCAUCAACAAUGCUGGGAUUGCUACUUCGCAAAUGAUCAUUGAGAACCCCACCGAGGAAUACCGAAAAAUAUUAGACACCAACGUACUCGCACCAGCAAUUUGUUCGCGCCUGUUCGCGCAGUCCAUGAAAAAACGCAAUGGAUCUGGCCACAUAAUUAAUAUUAACAGCAUCGUCGGUCACUUCGCGGAGAGUGUGUUUCAACCAAUGGGCAUGUACCCGGCCAGUAAAUACGCUCUGAGGGCAUUGUCCACGGAACUACGACACGAAUUCAUCAACUCUAAACUGAAAAUAAGGGUCACGAGCGUCAGCCCUGGAGGUGUAGAGACGGAUUUGGUGCAUUGUAUACCCGAUGAAGUUCUUAAACAGGUGAAAAUAUUGCACCCCAAUGACAUCGCCGACGCAGUAGCUUACGCAUUAGGAACACCAGAAAACGUGGAGAUCAUCGAAAUCACGGUGAUGCCAAAGAACGAGUAUAUCUACGCUCCACCACCGAACAAAUAAAUUCACAUUUCUAGGCAGCGUUGCAAGCUUCACUGUGUCAGAUAUCAAAGCUAUAAGUAAUUUGUCUGUGUACAAAUAAAGUUGUGAAAA